AACGCCCACAAGUGCAGACAUAUUGUCCUUCGGUGCCGCGUCGCUCUACCACUUCAACCGAUAGAGGGAAAGCGUUUUCACCGCAAAUACAGAAACAGUCAUCAGUACCAUGGAUGAACUCGAAAAAAAAGUGAAGAAUUUUUUAAUUAAUUUCAACGCAAGUGGUGUCGAGAUAAAUUGUUUGCCCUCUGUUUCCCGGCACCAAGAACUGCAACGCGACUAUUUGCGCUAUCGUGGAAUACAAAAGUAUAAACUCAUUCUGAUGCUGCUCGUUUUCGCUCUCGGAAAGCACCAUUUCAGCCAUCUAUUUACAAAUGAAGAUUGCAUCCUUGAAAUGCCUAACCAACUGCAGAAAGUUUUCCGUCCACCGGAAAGCUGCCAAUUCUGCAAAGAUAUACGAAAUGUUCCCCGCAUCGCAAACGUAGAUCCGGAUGAGUUCGAACGGAAGUACGCUUAUUCGGGUGGACCGGUCAUUGUUACUGAUGCCACUGUAAAUUGGACUGCAACGGAGUAUUUCGAUUAUUGGUUUUUUAAAGAAAUCUAUCAAACAUAUGGCCGGAGGAAGGGAGCGGCCAAGUGUCAGUUUUUCCCCUACCAAACAAAUUUCCACAACAUCUUCGAGGCGUUUAGCUUAGACGAAGCACGAGUCCGUUACGAGAUAGGAACCGAACCGUGGUACUUCGGGUGGAGUAACUGUGAUCCGGUGAUACUGAAAAAGUUGCGACAGCACUAUGGCAGACCGUACUUUCUGCCGAAAUCUUCGGAGAACAAUGCCGUGGACUGGGUUUUCAUGGGAGGAACUGGGCUGGGAGCACACAUGCAUGUAGAUAACGUUCGUUUACCAUCAUGGCAGUCCCAACUGAAAGGAGCUAAAGAAUGGAUUUUAGCACCCCCACCGGAAUGCUACUACAGCUGUAACUUCAUGUCGGUGGUUGUUCAGACCGGAGAUACCAUUGUCCUUGACACCAACAAGUGGUACCACAAAACCAAUGUUCUCUCGGGGGAAAUCAGCAUCACGGUCGGAGCAGAAUAUGACUAAUAACUUACCUAGAUAUGAUGGUUGUUGCUGGUGGAAAUUCCACUAUAUCUU